AUGCUGCACAUAUUUGUGCCAGGUCCCUGGGUGCCUGUGGAUCUCGACAUCGUUCUCCCAGAGACUGCAAGCAAGUCAUUCGAGGCCUUUCUGUUAAAUGAGGGUUAUUUGGUCGACCAACAACAAUGUCGUACACUCGCACGAACGUAUCCUCAAUCACCGUUCACCCCUGCUUCUUUCAGAUACCAGUGUUUUUCCAAAGGCAAGAAGAAGAUCGAUCUGUGCUACAUCAUCGUCGGUUUCACGCCCAUCAGUCACAUCCUCACGUAUCAUUCAACUGCAGUCAUGAACUGUUACGACGGAUAUGCUUUCUACUGCCUGUUCCCUGACAUGACCUUCGCACACGAGUUUGUGCGCAACAACAGGUACAAGGGUGAAGCCAUCAAGCGGGAGUUAGGAGUGGCGAAGCUCGAAGCAAGAGGGUUUAAGGGAAAGCCUGGAGACAUCGACUGCUGGUUUCCUGACAUUAAUGCUCCACCUGGAGAAGGUCCGUCGAGAAUCGAACAGCUCCCCUCUGUAUGGGCCCAAGCUUUAGACCUGUGA